AGAACGCUGGAAGGCACCGCCGUCACCAGACGAGCUGUUAUCCUCUCAUGUACUCACUCAGGUUGGCUAGCAGCAGCACGGGACUCGGCUUUGCGCUCAGCCGGUUCGGCGGGAAGAGAGGCGGCGGCGCAGCUCCAGCUGCUAGCUUAGUGGCACCUGCCGCCGCGGCGCACGGAGGGAGGAGGAGCGUCGCCGCGACGUCGAACGCCGCCGCGCCGGUGCCGGGCGACCAGGGCGUGGGCAUGGACCCGGCCAAGCAGCAUCAGCAGCAGCUGCACAAGCAGCCGCCGCCCCACGCGCCGGAGGAGAAGCAGCACGGCAACAACGGCGACGACAAGCAUACGCAAGUAACGGAACGCGGGGACGUGAUGACCCACUCGUUCGGGGAGGGGUACGCGACGAGGUCCGACGAGGAAGGCUUCGGGGGUGUCUACGGGCAGAACGACCCGGUGUUCAACCCGGGGACCGAGGUGCACCCCAACCAUCCUGAUUACGACACCUCGCAGGGGUCACAUGUGAAGGAGAAGGAGAAGGCGCGCCAUCUCAAGGACGACAAGCACGCGACCUAGCUCAGCUAGCUAGCUUAGUACUACUAGUAGACAUGAUCACACCAAUAAUUAGCUUAUCGUAGCAUGUCGUAGUUUUCAGUUAGCUUGGUUGCCAUGAUGUGGCUGGCUCUCUUACUUUCGAACCGCUACUGGAGCUCCCAGUGAUGUACCAUUAGCAAGGCUUUUUUAAGGAGCUUAAUUAGUUCUUAGCUGUACGAGAUGAAUCUGAAAUCCUGAUCCUUCUGAACCAGGAGAGGUUCGACUA